AUGUGGGACUCCAGGUCCAGCCAGGACGGAGGAGGAGGAGGGCGCCAGGACCAGGCACCAGGCGAGCUCCCGCUCUGCAGCAGCGCCAGGAGGAGGGAGCCCAGCGCACCCCCACUUCCGGUCACUGCGGCCCCAGAGCAGCCCCAAGCGCUCCCCACCCAGGCUGGGCCCCAGUUCCCACCGCAGCCACCCGGAGUCCAGGAGGAGGACGUGGACCCCAACUCUGUGCACUCCGUCCCCAGGGGCAUCCCUGAAGGGUCCACCCGGGAGCUGGUGGAGACGUGCUGUGCGGCCGGGCAGCAGUGGGCCGUCCUCAGGGACGAGUGUGCGGGGAUCCCCGAGGGCACGGAGGGCGACGUCUGCAGGACGGCCCAGAAGUACUGCUGCACGUCCUACCUGAAGGAGAAGAGCUGCCUGGCCGGCGUCCUAGUGGCCAAGGAGGGCGGGCCCUGUGGGGCCGAGGACAAUGACACCUGUGGCGUCUCCCUGUACAAGCAAUGCUGCGACUGCUGCGGCCUGGGGCUCCGCGUGCGGGCCGAGGGCCAGCCCUGCGAGGCCAUCCCGGGCCUGGGCUACCCCUGCAGCCACGCCAUGCUGUCCUGCUGCGAGGGACAGGACCCGCUCGUGCCCGAGGUGCGCCGGCCCCCGGAGCCCGAGGCUGCGCCACGCAGAGUUUCAGAAGAAGAUCUGGCGAGCCAGGAGGCCCUGUCCCUGGGCCCAGAGGCGGAGAUGGCCAACAGCCUGCCCGGUGAUGACCAGGACGAGUGCCUGCUGCUGCCCGGGGAGCUGUGCCAGCACCUGUGCGUCAACACGGUGGGCUCCUACCGCUGCGCCUGCUUCCCCGGCUUCGCGCUGCAGGACGACGGCCGCACCUGCCGCCCAGUGUGGGUGGACCGCCUGCCCUCUCUGAGCCUCACUUGCCAUCUUGGGGCUCUGUGGACUCAGACUUCGGUCCAGGCUGAGCUGUCCCUCGGAUGGACUGGGAGGCCCUGGACAGGUGGGUCCUGCCCCCUGCAGACCUGUGGCUGGCACCCGCCCGCUAACGGCCGCUCUGUUUCCCUCCCGUGGCUGCGGCUAGACCAAGACGAGUGUCUGGCGGGCACUCACGAUUGUGGCCGGCGACAGUUCUGUGUGAACACCCUGGGAUCCUUCUCCUGUGUCAAUCACACACUGCUCUGUGCCCAGGGCUUUAUCCUCAACGCGCACAGGAAGUGCGUGGACAUCAACGAGUGUGUGACGGACCUUCAUACGUGCAGCCGGGGCGAGCACUGCGUGAACACCCUGGGCUCCUUCCGCUGCUACAAGGCACUCACCUGCGAGCCCGGCUACGCCCUCAAGGACGGCGAGUGCACAGACGUGGACGAGUGUGCGACGGGCACCCACAGCUGCCAGGCGGGCUUCUCGUGCCAGAACACCAGGGGCUCCUUCUACUGCCAGAUGCGGCAGCGCUGCAUGGAGGGCUUCCUGCAGGACCCCGAGGGCAACUGCGUGGACAUCAACGAGUGCACGUCGCUGCCCGAGCCCUGCCGCUCGGGCUUCAGCUGCGUGAACGAGUGCUGGGCCUCGCCGGGCCGCCUGUGCCAGCACACGUGCGAGAACACGCUGGGCUCCUACCGCUGCGCCUGCGCCUCGGGCUUCCUGCUGGCCGCCGACGGCAGGCACUGCGAAGACGUGAACGAGUGUGAGGCCGGGCGCUGCAGCCAGGAGUGCGCCAACAUCUACGGCUCCUACCAGUGCUACUGCCGCCAGGGCUACCAGCUGGCCGAGGACGGGCACACCUGCACAGACAUCGACGAGUGUGCUCAGGGCGCGGGCAUCCUCUGCACCUUCCGCUGUGUCAACGUGCCCGGGAGCUACCAGUGCGCGUGCCCCGACCAGGGCUACACCAUGAUGGCCAACGGGAGGACCUGCAAGGACCUGGACGAAUGUGCCCUGGGCACCCACAACUGCUCCGCGGCCGAGACCUGUUUCAACAUCCAGGGCGGCUUCCGCUGCCUGCGCUUCACGUGUCCCCCCAACUACGUCCAAGUCUCCGAAAUGAGGUGUGAGCGCGCGCACUGCCCCGACCCCGCCGAGUGCCAGGCGUCCCCGGCGCGCAUCACGCACCACCAGCUCAGCCUGCAGACGGGGCUGCUGGUGCCCGCGCACAUCUUCCGCAUCGGGCCCGCGCCGGCCUUCGCAGGGGACACCAUCUCGCUGGCCAUCACCCGGGGCAACGAGGAGGGCUACUUCAUCACGCGCCGCCUCAACGCCUACACAGGGGUGGUGACCCUGCAGCGCCCGGUGCUGGAGCCGCGCGACUUCGCCCUGGACGUGGAGAUGAAGCUGUGGCGCCAGGGCUCGGUCACCACCUUCCUGGUCAAGAUGCGCAUCUUCUUCACCACCCUCGGUCCCUGAGCCUGUGCCACCUGCCACCCCAGAGUCCCCCGACUCGGCCUCCCCAGGUCCUGGCCUCUCCUGCGCCCGCCCAGCCCGGGAGGGAGGGAGGGAGCUGGUGAUGGAGGCCGCAGGGUGCAAGGUCAAGGUCACUGCGGUGCUGGAGGGCAAGGCCCCGAUGCUGGACCCUGACUGACGCACACACCCCAAAGACAGUGACCAGGUGGACUCAACUGGAGGGCCUGGCCCCAGAGCUGACAUGCCAUUUCCCGUUUCACUGUGAUGAGUUCUGUCCUUUUUUUAAAAAAAUCAUUUUGAAAGUUUGUUUAAUUAUAGAAGUAGCCACGUUGGGAGGAACUGAGUAGCACGAAAGGAUCAUAAAGUUCCGAGUGACGUGC